AACAUUAAAAUAAAAACAGUCAAGAAAAGAAAAUUUUUGAAGAUAAAAGUCUGAAGCGUUAACCUCUUCUCAUUUUAUCUUGCUUAAUUUUAUCCUGCUGCUCUGUCCCCUUAUUCCCCUUCAAGAUCUCCCCUUCAAGCACUAACAUGGAGAUGUUAUUCAGUGCCAUAAAAAGAAACACCGUGACACGGAGAGGCAGCACAGUGGUUAGGAGCAUGAACUCAAAGACACAUCGCCUGAGUUUGAACCCUUGUUCUGUCACCAGCUUUGUGAUUUGGGGCAAAUUGUUUAAUCUCAUGGCACUUAGGUUUUCUCAUCUGUAAAAUGGGGGUAAUAAGGGUACUUAUAGGAUUAAAUCAGUUACUAUUUGGAAAGUACUUGACAUGUAGUAAGCAAGCACUAUGUAAGAAUUUAAGAAGUGAAACAUUGGUAACAAGUUUUAAAAACCUCCUCUAGUUUGGUGGUGCUACUCAGUUUUUAUACUUGCAGAUUUUUUUCUCUUUGAAGUUAAUGGCUAUAUAGGCCCUAGCCUUCGCCAUCAAAUCUUCCCUUUCGAUUUUUCCUCUUAAGGGUCUAAUUGAUUUUUUUUUUAAAGAAAUAAUAUUGGGUGUUUGAUUUUUCUACUUCUGCCUUUUUAUUAUUCAAUUUGAAAAUUACUUAGGUCCAUCUAGUAACAUGGUAUCAGAUUUAUUGUCCUCAAACACCACAUUCAUCAUACUCUCAUGCUUAGAAGUCUUCAGUGUUUCCGUAUGGGUAAAAUUCAAACUUUUAGCUUGGUCAUCCCGUCCUUGCAACCUGGUCCCCAAUUACUUUUUCAGUGCUAUGUUCAAGCACAUUUAAGGUUUGAGGAGGAGAACUAAUAACAUCCCUGUUCUCCUGCACCUGUAUACCUAUGAUGAAGCCAAAGGGAGAAGGUGAUAUCAGAUAUGCACCCGUGCAGGUCUGCUAAUCCCUCACUUUUGCAUUAGUCUUGCUUACCCACCUAGUCACUGACGUAACUGGACAACCUCAGGCUUCCCCUGCAGGAGUAGACCCCUGAAGAAUGUUCCCACAGUGCUGACCAGUAAGUCUGAAAGCAGCAGCAGCUUGCUUGGUCCUUUCUUUAAAAUCUAGCAUUUAAAUAACUCGCUGCUCUUGAGUGAGAAGGAGAGAGAGGCCAGGAGUGGUAUUCUACUCGACUUUUUCCACCUGCAAAUAAGAGACCAGGAGAAUAGAGGCCCCCACUACAUGCCCCAACACAACUCUUAUUAAAAAAAUGUCUACUCCUGGCAGAUAGGUUUCUUUAUAGGCCCUUGAAUAUGUGUGGCUCAUUCCCACCUCUGUGUGAUUAGUUAUACUGUUGCGCUACCUUCUCAGUUUAGUCAAAUCAUGCAUGUCCUUCAGGGCCCAACUUGUAUCUCCCCUCUAUCAUAAAACAUUCACCAACCAAUUCACCGGAGUAUAUAGCUCCUCUGACCUGUUGUGUCAUGGUUCUUUAAUUCCACUCACUUGGUUUUUAACCACUUUCUGUCAUGUAUUGUUAUUUGCCUAACAGUUGCAAAGUGUUUACCCUAAUAAUUGCAGGUUUUUUAGAGGCAGGAUCAGGUCUUACAUUGCCUUAUAACUCCCACUAUACCUAGAAUUGAGUUUGAUGCUUUCUAUAUAUUUAAUAAAUAGUUGUUGCUUGAGUGAAAUAAAAUAUUAAGAGAUUCUUCCUUCUCUGUUUAACAAUUAUAUUUUGAUUUUCAGUAUUUAGAAAUGAUGGAAUUAGAUAUAGGAGAUGCUACUCAAGUUUAUAUAGCAUUCUUGGUUUACCUGGACCUCAUGGAGAGUAAAAGUUGGCAUGAAGUAAACUGUGUGGGAUUGCCGGACCUCCAGCUCAUCUGCCUGGUUGGUACUGAGAUAGAAGGAGAAGGGCUACAGACUGUGGUGCCUACAUCCAUCAAUGCUUCCCUCAGCCAUAACAGGAUAAGGGAGAUCUUGAAGGCAUCUCGAAAAUUGCAAGGUGAUCCAGAUUUGCCGAUGUCUUUUACUUUGGCCAUAGUGGAGUCCGAUUCCACAAUAGUCUAUUAUAAACUUACUGAUGGAUUUAUGCUGCCAGACCCUCAGAAUAUUUCCCUUAGAAGAUGACACCUAUACUUCCCGGUGCUUACUUUAUUCAUACAAGAUUGGACUUGAGACCCCUCAACCUGCUUACUCUUUUAUCUCAGAGACAGUCAGGGUUGACUUAGCUGGUCCCAUUCCAUAAGUAUUUUUCUAAAGUAGAAAACUUUCCCAGAUAGAGAAUUUUUUGUUAUUGUUCAAAAAUAUGGGGUAGUUGCUCUGAAACUUUCUUAUCUGAGACAGUUUAAUUAUAGUUGUAUACAAGUUUAUGCCUAGGGUGUUGUAAGAGUGUUAUCCUCCACUCAUAGCUGCCUCAUCGUUCACUGCUGUUACUGCCAGCUCAUCGUCGAGACUGGCCACCCUUUCCCUAACUCAGCCCUCUCAGUGCCUUUGGGCACUACCUAGCUUGGAAUACCUUUCAUAUACACCUUGAUACCUGGAGAGUUUACUUUAGUCUGCUUUUUAAUCCUAAGAGAAAGUAAAACAUUUCUGUAGUUGUUUUUAAUGUUGUGAUUACUGUUACAUUCCUCUUUGGUUUACUUUAAAUAAGAACUAUAAAUAAGCUCAUCCAGAGUGUGACCUUGCAUGUCUAGAUUAAUAAGGACCAGAGAAGUGCUACCCACAAGAGUACUGAGCCUUCCUUUCCCUUCUUAUUACCACAACCCUAUGUCAUAGUAGACUGUUACAAGAGAAAUAGUGGGGGACAGGGUCCACCUUAAAAACAUCUUUAUGAAGUAGACCCAUUUAUUCCACUUUUGUUAUAAUAUAUUCCAAACAAGUUGCCUAAAGUAUAAAAAUUAUAUGCACAAAGAUUUUCUAAAUUGCAUUACUUGUAAUUGCCCAAAUUAUAAACCACUUAAAAGUUUAGGGCAGUGGUUAAUAAACUUUUCCGGUAAAGAGCCAGGAAGUAAAUGAUUUAGGCUUUGCAGGCCAUGUAGUCUCUGUCACAGUUUCUCAACUCUGUAGUUUGUAGCACAAAAAUAACAAUAGACAAUAGGUAAACAAAUGAGCAUGGAUGAAGAUAUAAAAGUGUAUGAAUGGGUAUGAUCAUGGCUAUAAAUAACACACCCAGCAUAUAGUAAAAAGAUGACAAAAUAAAUUACUAGCUGUGGUUAUAAUAGAAUGGCAGGGCAGUAAAAAGAUGAGUUGGUCUUCAGUAUUUCUUUAUUUGUAUUACUUUUAUAAUAAAAAUGUUUCUAAAAAGUA